AGCGUUUAAUACGGGAAAUAAAAGUUCAACCUAAGAAACCAACCUCUUAUUCUCUACCUAGUUUCUGGUAGAGUCUACAGAAAAAAGAGCGCGCAUUGUGCGCGCGCAAUCCCUUCAUCUCAAUACUUCAUUCCCUUUUCGCUUCAUUCUAUCCGUUAUUAUUUGACAUUUUUUUUUGUAUUUGAAUUUUCGGAGAAUUCAGUCCAAAAGAAUGGAUUUUUCCCAAGAUUUCGACGCUACAUCGAUAGCAAGUUCGGAGAUCCGGUCAAUCGACAGUUCGUCAACGUAUUCUGCUCAAUCGUCCGAUCAAAAAAGGGACAGAUCAGUCAUUCCGGAUGACAACACAGCGAAAUUGUCACUGAUUGAAAAAGCGUUAAACGAGACGAUAGCUGAGCAAGAUGUUUAUAGCAAAGAAAUUACAGAAUUAUUAGGCACUCUCGAUAUCAUGCCCAAUUCCUUGUCAAAAAAUAUUCAGGAGGCAUGGAACAAAGUUGCUCUGAUUUUACGAGCAGAGGGUUUGUCAGAAGUGGAUGAAAAUUUGUUGCAGCUGAAAAUGGAAGAGAAAAAAAGGGAAACUGCUAAAAGAGCGUGUGAGGAAAGAAAACUCAAAAGCCGCUAUGACAAUUUGUGCGAACGACACAGAGUUGUUCUGGAGAAACAAGCUGUGGUCCGAGAGAGCACAGAAUCUUUGCAAAAAUUUGUAGAAACCGAAUGGGCCAACAACGAGGAAGAGUAUGCAAAUCGUAUUUUUCUGGCCACUAAAUUGAAUGACUUCAGACAGACGGCUGAAAAACUCCAGGAAAGUUUGGACCAGCAGGUUCCUGCAGAUUUGUAUCCACAAAAACUUUUGGAAAAAUAUGAGACCUAUCUAGAGCUUUUAGAAGAAUCCAAAGCUCUAGAUAAAACUUUAGAAAAAUAUGGUGAUUUACCUCCUAAUUUGUUGGAGGCGAGAAUGAAACUUGAGGAGAAAGAGUUGUAUUUAAAAGACCUUGAACAUACAAUUUUCGAAAAAAUGAAUUCGUAGUCUUUGCUUAGGGUUUCCAUAAAAUAUAUAUUUUUCACUAUGUACAAUCUUAAUUGAAGAAAUAAAUGUAUUUUUGUACA